UCCCGUUGCUCUCUGGGUCGGGCGGGUCCUCCCUGAGGCGGCACCAUGGAGCGUUCUCCUGUGGAGGGAUCCGGCCCCGAUCCUGUGGGCCAGCCCUCAGCUCCCUCCGACCCCCCUGACCUGCCCCCCACUGCUCACACCCAGCCGGACCCCGGCGCCGAGGGCCAGCCUGCAGGACCCGGCGCGGCGGGCGAGGCCCUGGCGGUGUUGACUUCGUUCGGGCGGCGGUUGCUGGUGCUGAUACCGGUGUACCUGGCCGGGGCAAUGGGACUCAGCGUGGGUUUCGUGCUCUUCGGCCUCGCCCUCUACUUAGGGUGGCGCCGGGUCCGCGACGAGAAAGAACGGAGCCUUCGGGCAGCGCGGCAGCUGCUGGACGACGAGGAGCGGCUCACGGCGAAAACGCUCUACAUGAGCCACCGCGAGCUGCCUGCCUGGGUCAGCUUCCCAGACGUGGAGAAGGUGGAGUGGCUGAACAAGAUUGUGGCCCAGAUCUGGCCCUUCUUGGGCCAGUAUAUGGAGAAACUUCUGGCUGACACUGUGGCCCCAGCUGUUCGGGGAUCUAAUCCCCAUUUGCAAACGUUUACAUUUACACGAGUGGAACUGGGUGAGAAGCCACUUCGAAUUCUGGGAGUCAAGGUUCACCAGGGUCAGAACAAAAAGCAGAUCCUACUGGACUUGAAUAUCAGCUAUGUAGGUGAUGUGCAGAUCGAUGUGGAAGUGAAGAAGUAUUUCUGCAAAGCAGGAGUCAAGGGCAUGCAGCUACAUGGCGUCUUGCGAAUGAUCCUUGAACCGCUUAUCGGGGACCUUCCCAUCGUGGGUGCUGUGUCGAUGUUCUUUAUCCGACGCCCGACCCUAGACAUCAACUGGACAGGGAUGACCAACCUGCUGGAUAUCCCAGGACUCAGUUCCCUCUCUGACACCAUGAUCAUGGAUUCCAUUGCUGCCUUCCUCGUGUUGCCCAACCGGCUGCUGGUGCCCCUUGUGCCCGACCUCCAAGAUGUGGCUCAGUUGCGUUCUCCUCUGCCCAGGGGCAUCAUUCGUAUCCACCUGCUGGCUGCGCGCGGGCUGAGCUCGAAGGAUAAAUAUGUGAAGGGCCUGAUUGAGGGCAAGUCCGACCCUUAUGCUCUUGUCCGUGUGGGCACCCAGACGUUCUGCAGCCGCGUCAUUGAUGAAGAACUCAACCCCCAGUGGAGAGAGACCUAUGAGGUGAUGGUCCAUGAGGUCCCAGGACAGGAGAUAGAGGUGGAGGUGUUUGACAAAGACCCGGACAAAGAUGACUUUCUGGGCAGAAUGAAGCUGGAUGUAGGGAAGGUAUUACAGGCUGGAGUACUGGAUAAGUGGUUCCCUUUACAAGGUGGGCAAGGUCAAGUUCACUUGAGGCUAGAGUGGCUAUCGCUUUUGCCAGAUGCAGAAAAACUGGAGCAGGUUCUCCAGUGGAAUCGGGGAGUCUCCUCUAGACCGGAGCCCCCAUCAGCUGCCAUCUUAGUGGUCUAUCUGGACCGGGCCCAGGAACUGCCUCUAAAGAAGGGGAACAAGGAGCCGAACCCCAUGGUCCAGUUGUCAGUUCAGGAUGUGACCCAGGAAAGCAAGGCUGUCUACAGCACCAACUGCCCAGUGUGGGAGGAGGCUUUCCGGUUCUUCCUGCAAGACCCUCGGAACCAGGAGCUCGAUGUGCAGGUGAAGGACGAUUCCCGGACCCUGACUUUAGGGGCACUGACCCUGCCUCUGGCUCGCUUGCUCACUGCCCCCGAACUCACCCUGGACCAGUGGUUCCAGCUCAGCAGCUCUGGCCCCAGCUCCAGGCUCUACAUGAAGCUGGUGUUAAGGAUCCUGUAUUUGGACUCCUCAGACGUAUCCUUCCCCGCUGAGCCCGGGACGCCCGGUGCCUGGGACCUGGACAGUGCGAGCCCCCAGACAGGCAGUAGUGUGGAUGCCCCACCGCGGCCCAGCCACACGACUCCCGACAGCCACUUUGGGACCGAGAACGUGCUCCGGAUCCACGUGUUAGAGGCCCAGGACCUGAUUGCCAAAGACCGCUUCUUGGGGGGCCUGGUGAAGGGCAAGUCAGACCCCUAUGUCAAGCUGAAGCUGGCAGGCCGAAGCUUCCGGAGCCGCGUGGUGCGGGAGGAUCUCAAUCCCCGCUGGAACGAGGUCUUUGAGGUGAUUGUCACAUCAAUCCCAGGCCAAGAGCUAGAUGUGGAAGUCUUUGACAAGGACCUGGAUAAGGAUGACUUUCUGGGCAGGUGUAAAGUGAGCCUCACCGCGGUCCUGAACAGUGGCUUCCUUGAUGAGUGGCUGACCCUAGAGGAUGUCCCCUCUGGCCGCCUGCAUUUGCGCCUGGAGCGGCUGACACCGCAUCCGACUGCUGCAGAGUUGGAGGAGGUGCUGCAGGUGAACAGCCUGCUCCAGACUCAGAAGAGUGCAGAACUGGCGGCUGGCCUGCUGUCUGUCUACGUGGAGCGCGCCGAGAACCUGCCGCUCCGGAAAGGUACCAAGCCGCCCAGCCCUUUCGCCACCCUCACUGUGGGAGAGACGUCUCAUAAAACCAAGACUGUUCCCCAAACUUCAGCCCCUGUCUGGCAUGAGAGUGCCUCCUUUCUCAUCAGGAAACCCAGCACCGAGAGCCUGGAGCUGCAGGUUCGGGAUGAGGGGGCUGGCGCGCUGGGCUCCUUAUCGCUGCCCCUCUCUGAGCUCCUCGUGGCUGACCAGCUCUGCUUGGAUCGUUGGUUUUUGCUCGGCAACAGCCAGGGGCAGGUGCUCCUGAGAGCACAGCUCGGGAUCCUGGUGUCGCAGCACUCGGGCGUGGAGGCUCACAGUCACAGCUCCUCACCUCUGGGUGAAGAGACAGAGCUGGGCGGGGGCUUCCCUCACAUCACCUCCUCAGCCCCAGAGCUCCGGCACCGCCUAGCACAUGUCGACAGUGCCCUGGACCCUCCGGCCGGGCCUCUGGGACAAGUGAAGCUGACCGUGUGGUACUACAGCGAGGACCGGAAGCUGAUCGGCAUCGUCCACAGUUGCCGGGCUCUUCGACACACUGGCCGCGACCCCCCUGACCCCUACGUGUCGCUGCUGCUGCUGCCAGACAAGAGCCGGGGCACCAAGAGGAAGACCGCCCAGAAAAAGAGGACCCUAAAUCCUGAAUUCAAUGAGCGGUUUGAGUGGGAACUGCCCCUGGAUGAGGCCCUCCGGCGGAAGCUGGAUGUCUCCGUGAAGUCCAAUUCCUCUUUCAUGUCGAGAGAGCGGGAGCUGCUGGGGAAGGUGCAGCUGGACCUCGCCGAGAUUGACCUUUCCCAGGGUGCCGCCCAGUGGUAUGACCUCGUGGAUGACAAGGAGAAGGGCAGCUCCUAGGAGCUCAGUUCACCAGCCUGACUGUGCGCUGCCUCUUGCUACAUCACCUCCCGAAUGUGAUGAGCUUAAAGCCAGGGCCCCAGGGCAAAGCCCCGGCACUGCACUGCACGGUGGGCCCUCUGACCUCCCAGGCCCGUACUCGAGCCUUUGCCUGACCAAAGAGAGAGACCAUGAACUACUCUUUACUGCACGGCCUUUAUCCUUCCGGGCUCUUGGGCAGGGACCUGAGCUGGCUAUUUCCUGCUCUGCCUGCACUUUGCUCUCCACUCCUCCAAGCCCCCCAGGGCCUUCUUACCUGUGCCUGGCCACUGGCAGCACUAGCAGUGGCCUCAGCUUCAGCCAAAUACAGCUCCUGGAGAGCUCGCCUUCUUCCCUGCUGUGAUCAGGGAGGGCGGGCGAGGACGGGUGGGAAGGUGGGCCAGCCGUGAGCAUCUUGGAUGACUGCAUGUGGUGAAUGGAAAGCAACUCAGGCCCUAUGUCAGGUUCUGUCCCCACUCUCCUCAAGCCUGCCUCGAAAAAUGAUGCCCGCCAUGACGGCUGGGGCCAAUCUCCUGACUCCCUCCAGUGAAUCAGGGAUACUUGGAUUUUACCCAAGCCUCUAAAAAGGGGUAUGACAGUCUUGGAGGGACAGCAGGGACAGUUAUUUGUCCAAGUGCCUAGCAGCCUGUCAAAUUAUGAUUAGAAUGGAAUCUGAUCCUCUUAGUUUUUGCACCAACUCUGCCAGUCCCCUUGUAUCUUACAAUAAACAUCAUACUCCAACCA